AUGUUUACACUCAAUUUUCAUUACGAAGAUGUAUCACGUCAGGAUCCGUUGCUCAAACCGAAUCACGCCAACGUUAUGGAAGUUCCUGGAUCGUGUAAAAUAAGAGUAGUACCAAAGGCAGCACCCUCUGAUUUCAUAAUAAAAAAUGGAAAAUUGGCUAUGGAGAUUCCGUGCGGUCAGAAAUUAAUACAGACACAAAGGGCUUCGACAGGAAAGGAGUUUCGAUCCAAUCCAUUCUUGGGAAAAAAUCAAGACAAAAAAGGAUAUGUCAGUGACCUAGCACGGCAAAGCACUCUCCGAGGGCAUGGAAUGUCUCAUUUUUUGGUAAGAAUCUCCGCAGUAAUGUCUCUGUUAGAUUUUCCGGUCGAAAUACGGGAAAAGUCCAUUCAAUUCUUGAUGGAAAUGGAGUUUUGCGAAUUCUCCCCGGAACUGGAAGAUCAUUUCGAGAUCUUCGAACAUAUUCGAGGGUUCAAUGUCACUAUUGUAACUUCGGCCAACACACAAGAUGAGACUUUACCACCGUGGAGCGGCUUUUUUCAAAAAGAUGAGGGGGAAAGUCAGUAA